AUGUCAAGUGGGAGAGGACAAUUGAUCCUUAUAGAAGGGUUAGACCGAACUGGUAAAUCAACGCAAGCUUCAAUACUACUUGAUAAAUUUUCCAAAUCAAAAUUACUUAAAUUUCCCGAUAGAUCAACUAAAAUUGGAUCGAUCAUUAAUGAAUAUUUAACCAAUAAAUCAUUCACAUUGCCUGAUCAAUCAGCUCAUUUAUUAUUCCUGGCUAACCGUUGGGAAUUGAAUAAUGAAAUUAUAGAUUUAUUAAAUGAUGGUUAUUUCAUAGUAUUGGAUCGAUAUAUAUAUAGUGGGAUUGCGUAUUCAUUAGCCAAAUUUGAAUAUGCCAAAUUAAAUAAGGAAGGUAAUAUUACCUCAACGGUGGAUAAACAGAUUGGAGAUGUUAAUUGGUUGAUUGGUCCUGAUGUCGGGUUGCCUAAACCUGAUUUAACUUUAUUUUUAACUAUUGAUUUACAAGAAUUAGCUAAUAGAAAAGGUUGGGGUGAUGAAAGAUAUGAAUUACAGGAAUUUCAAACUAUUGUAAAGAAAAGUUUCUUAAGUAUAUUUGAAUUACAAAAAGAUGAUGAUACUAUUGAAAUUGUUGAUGUUAAUAAUAAAGAUAUUCCUGAAGUUACAGAAUUAAUUUGGAAUUUAAUUACAAAAAAAGGUAUACAUCAAUUAACUAAUAAACCUAUAGAAAAAGUAUUAAACCUUUCAAACUAA